AAGUCAAUUAAAGUCAAUUUGAAGUUAAUUUUAAUAUUUCUUGUCAGUCCAGACUAAUCGUGUCUGAUCCUAUUGGGUUAAGUCUACGCAGGGGAUUAAAUCAGACUUGCCCCCAGUGUGUGGAGAUGUGGAGGCAAUUAUUGGGAGCUCAUUGUUCUGCACAGGUCUAGCGCUUUUCCCCCCAAUGAUUAUUGGCUGACAGCUGGAUGGUGCACAUCCGCCAUGUCUGCGGUGAAAACGAAACAAAAAAGAAAUAAAGAAAGCGGGAAAAGUCGUAUUUUCUGUCUGUUGUGGUGCAAACGAGCGCUCCAUUUCCUCCAAAUAUUUGACGUUGAGAUAAAGCGGAGCAGUAGCGGGUCAGGAAGUGAGUGACAAUGUGAAUAAUGAAGGAUUUUUCCAGGGGGGUGACCACCAACACAAGUUCAAUAUUGACUUUCUGCAGCUGUUUCCAAAAAGACACCUAUAAUGAGAUCCCGGUGCGUAAUGCGCAAACUGUGCGCAAAAUAAUAAAUUCUCCCUGUUUUUACUAACUUUUCUGCACCCAAAGAGGGAUUCUACGUUUCCUAAAUGUAAGGGAAUGAUAUAUAAACUGGAUUGCUUUUGAAUGCAAAUGAAUGGAUGUUAAUUAACACCUGUCUUGUUGAUUGUCAGCAGCUCUCAGGGCUUUGAUUGAAGAGAAAUGGCACCUUUGGAGCUUCAGAUGGAGCUUUGAAGCUCGCCUUUGCCCAGCCAUGGGAAGGACGAAGAACUGAGAAAUAUCACACAAAACACUGCUUAAUUUCCAGAAUUGUAGUAAAACAUGGAGAGGAAAAACAUGGAGGAGGCGCAUGCGUGUUUGAGGCUGGGCCAUAGAUCUGAAUUAGCAUGUCUGCACGGAUGAUGGUCACAUCAGACAAUCAGAUCGAUCCGUUGGGACAUCAAAUGGGGAGACAAUUGAUAAUCAUUGGGAUGAUUUUGUUAAAAAAAUUAACCAUAAAAUGUUAUUUUUCCAAAUUAAUGUGUUCCACCACUUUAAAUGUGGGCAAAUGCAAUAAGCAUAUUGUGUAAUUAUAUUUAAAUAGGGUUUUUUUUAUAAAAUAGUUGUAGACUCCCUCUUUUUAGCCAUUUGGUGGUAAAAAAAAUGCAUCAAUUUUAAAACUUUAAUUAACACAUAUUGCAGCAUGUUUGUAACAUAAUUGUAAUUUAGAUCAUUUGUGCAUCUAAAAAUUUGCUAGAAUCCCCCCCUGAAGCAUUUUUCUGUCCCUCUUUUCUCUGAUUGUCAUGUCUGCCCUUCAGCUCUAAUUAUUAUUUUGUCUCACUGGUGAACUGGAGGCUCUGAGACCAGGUCUGGCAGUCAUCUGUCAUUUGUUCUUCCUGUGUGCCCCUUCAGUCUGUCUGUCUGACAUCUCUGAGCAAACACGGCCCCCAAUACACAAGUCCGGCAAGGGGGCCUUCUGCAGCCAGCGAGAGCACCCCUGCUCCUAAUGUUUGUGUGACAAAAAAGGCAAGGCAAAUCCUCGCAAUGGAAUCAGAUAAUCACCAACCUGUGAAGAAGCUGCCCCAAUCCACAUCCACACUGGGGUCCCCCCCUCCCCUGGCCUUCUGGAUUAACUGUCUGUUUGGCUAAUAAUUUUAAUCUGUUGGAGUGGGCUGGGAAUGGGUGACAGAGCGUGGAAUAAACAUCUAAUCCUCAAGUCUCCCUCGUCUCUCCAAGCCCCCGGGGUUCCUCUGUGACCCCUCUGUCGCACGCUUGUUGCAGCCGACUGUCCGCCGCCACUUUUGCUGGACUAAAAUAGCUUCUGGUCAGACGGUUUUAAGCCUCACCGUGUGAGAGACUCUGGCCAGACUAAUCUGACAUCGUCCAGAGGAAUGUACACAUCAGGGGCGCGAGCUGUGCUCCUCACAAGGGGGCACUUCAGGUUCAUGGGGUCAAGAGAUGUCUGUCUGGGGCACAUGUGUGGCAGUGGGGAACACACAAAAACAGACAUUGACUUCAAACAUCCAAAUUUCUGCUUGUAGAAUUCAAUUUAACAACUAAAGUGCAAUUAAAAAAAAAUGAAAAUCUUCCAAAAAUGUUUCUUUGUUUCAUUUUAUUCCAAAAGUGUGUUAAAAUAAUACAUUUGAAUGAGAGUUUUGAUCAAAUUGGAUUAUUAAACCUGGAAGGAUAAAUUCCACAACACUGACGGGCCCCUUGUCUAAUUGUUUCUGUUUGAUGUAUGACCACUUAGAUAUCCUGUUUGGGAUGGGGCGCACCUUUGUUCUGAUAAGGACCCCUGCCCCCAGCGACAAAGUGCGAACUACUGGGAGGGCCGCAGGGAUAUAAGGGCGUGAGGAGAGUCAGGGGUCACGCUGUUCAUCUGUGCAUCUGUGAGCCCGCUGCUGCUGCUCUGAUUCAUUUCAAAUAUUUUUUUUAUUGUUGUUUUUCUUUUACCCUCAUGGAUUUGCUCCGCGCUUGCGUGUUGUGCGCUGCUCUCCUCAGCCUCUCCAUGGCUUUUACGCACCAGGAUAUGAAGGAGGCGCUCCUGCAGAAACUCGGACUGGAUGAAGUUCCUAAAAUUCAAAAGAGAGAUUUGGAGAACCUGGUUGUUCCGUCUCACAUCCGAAACAAGUACCUGUCCAUGCUGAAGAUGCACCACAGCAGGAGGCGAAGGUCUUUGCCCAGUCUGGCUGGCAUCCUGAGGGGAAUACCCGGCAAUGCAGACAUCUCCGGGGAGUUUGUGUACUCCGAUACGACCCGGCAACGCAUGAUGUUCGACAUGGAGGCGCGGAUCCCGGACAACAGCGAGGUGACCAUGGCGGAGCUGAAGCUCUUCCAGCGCGCCUCGCACCACAAGCGCUUCACGGUGGAGAGGAAGAGCCACCGCGCGGUGAACAACGCCCGGGUCAGCGUUUACUGGGUGGAGGUUCUGCCUGAUGGAUCCAACCGAACAUCUCUGGUGGAUUCACGGUUGAUUCCCAUUCACGAGACUGGCUGGAAGAGCUUUGAUGUCACCCAGGCGGUGCACUAUUGGUCCAAGACGGAGCAGAAGACGCCAAUGCACCUGGAGGUGUGGAUCGAGGGCGAGAGACCUGGCAGCUACGCGGCAGAGGUGGCCAAGAGUGUGCGCUUUACCACCCAGGAGCAGACGGAGCACACCUCUGGGAAGCCUGAGCUCGUCCUCUACACCCUCAACCUGGAGGAGUAUGGCUCUCGUGGGGACUGCGAAGCAUACCAGAGCAAAGACACCUGCUGCAGGGAGCAGUACUUCAUCGACUUCCGGGCGCUCACCUGGACCCAGUACUGGAUCAUCGAGCCCGCCGGGUACCAGGCCUUCCGGUGCACGGGGGGCUGCAAGCAGCCCAAACGCAGCUUUGGCUACGGGGAGCGCAGGUGCACGGUGUCGAUGAGCGCGCCACUGCCCAUCAUGUACCUGGUGAAGAAGGGAGACUACACGGAGAUCGAAGUGGCCGAGUUCCCCAACAUGAUUGUUGAGAGGUGUGCGUGCACACUGGACAAUACCUCCAUAGCAUGAAGUCAUGGGGGGGGUUGAAUAUAUUUAAUUAUAUUAAAUAAAGCUGAGUACUUUCUAUUUAAGUUCAGUGGGAGUCAAAAAUCCUCCCCCUCCACCAGCACUUUUAUAUAUUUUGUACAGUCUGGUUUAGCUUCUUUUUUUUAACUUCAUCCAAUCGUUGUCAGAUAUGUCCUAUUUUUUCACAGUGUACAUAAUAUGAUUUAUGUUUUGAAAAUAAAGUAUUUGUGUCCCAUUAAGCCCUUGGCUCCGCCUCCGAUUGGCUCCAUUUGUAUUCAACAAAUCAUUUGCAUACAGCAAACACUCCUCAUUUACAUCAACCCCAGGGGGGGUCAUGAUGAUUAUAUAUUA